AUGUGGAGCGCCGUGGCGCCUGACGACGUCAAAAGCGCGGCGCCGUCGGCAAGAUCAAAGCACAGUGCCACCGUCAUAGGAGACCAUGUCUACCUUCUGGGAGGGAGAAAUGGAAACCUACCAACAAAGGACUUCUGGAAAUAUAAUUUAGUCACUGGAAAAUGGCAGCAGCUCAAGCCGAUAGGGGAGCGUCUCCCCUGUCUUCAGGAACACACCGCGGUGGCUCACAAAGAGAAUAUUUACGUAUUCGGCGGGGAAGUCAGUUUUUCAGCAGAUACAGAGACCCCUUUGUGGGUCUACGACAUCAAGGCAAACAGCUGGAAAAAAGUUCGGUCAAAGAAAGGUGUAUCGACUCCCAAAGGAAGACGAGGACAUACAGCGUUGGUUUACAAAGGCUCCAUGUUAAUAUACGGUGGAUAUCAGGAUCUAAAAGGAUCUUCAAGUGAACUUUGGGCCUUCCAUUUUGAAACCGAAUCAUGGCAUCUCCUGUCAUCAACCCCUUCGAAGAAUAGCGACCAACUCCCACCCCCUCGACACAAACAUUCAGCUGUUUUACACCAAGACGCCAUUUGGAUUUACGGAGGCAUGACGGAUUUACAAGAAAGAUCCGACUUGUGGAAAUGGGAUGCAACACAUAGGACUUGGACGAAUAUAAAGGGCAAAAUACAUCCGGGGCCUCUUCAUAGCCACGCGGCCUGCAAAAUGCCUUCGUCGAUGUUGAUUUUUGGAGGUGAACGAAGCGGACAAACUGUUAAUGACCUUUGGAAAUUUAACUUUUCUACUGAAUCCUGGGAAAAGAUCACCAUUUCAGGCUUGAAACCGCAACCAAGAGCCGAAACUAUAGCGUUUACAGUAUCAGAGUUGCUCCUCAAUGACCCUUCCCAAACCUCCUUAGAAUCUAAAGCCCUAAAAAUUAGACAAAGGACCAGCAACUCUUCUGACCGCGGCAACAGACAUUCUUCGUACAUGCCAAAUAAUAGAAUAGCGCCUAAAGAAAAAACCUACGUUUUCCAACCUAAUAAUAGGAAUUAUAGUGAUGGUAGUGAUAUUAAAAGUGAGUUAGCAGAUCAUUAUUCUGAGGUGAACAACCGUUCUUCCAGGAGUUUUUUACAUGAAAUUAGUAAGCUGUCGCAGCUGAACAUCUCCAAAAUAAGCAAUAAAUGCAGCUACACCGUGUUAACCGGUUCAAACACUUCCGACAGCACGGAAAGCUUGCUGCGGCAACACGCAAGCCCUCAGGCCCACGAGAAAGACUUGAACUUGGAGUUGGAGGAGUUUUCGACCCCGUCGAGAGGCACCAUGGUGAAAUCGAAGUCGGCGCAUGUCAUCAAGAAGAAAUAUCAAGUGGACAUAUCCCCGGACGCGCCGUCGAAGAAAAGGGUCGACUUCGAUCCGAACAUAAAGAAAAUAACUAGGGAACCAAUAUCAGUGCCAAAUUUUAGCAUUUUGAACUUGGCCACGCCAGUAUUGACGCCUGUAGAAGCGACCAAAUUAGUUUACCUGACUGAUGAAGAAAACGAUUGUGAUAGCGACGAAAGGAAGAGGGAUGAAGUGGAAGUAGAAACCGUAGAAGUAGAACCUUUAGAUCAUGGAUUGAUUAUCUACGAAAAGGACAACGUCUACGAGGAGAACUUCGAGAUGGACAACUUUGAUUCGUUUAAGCUCAGAAGGGGCGAGAGUUAUAGUUCGCAUCUGGCGUACGCUGAUAACCCUUUGUACCACGAAAUGAUCAAAAUGACGGAGAAUGAGGAGAACGUUUCGUCCACAUCCGACUACGCUAGCAUAGAAACUGUCAACAGGUUGUCUUCAGCGAGUAAUUACAGCGUCAAAACGGCAACGCCGCAAGAGGAAAACCUGAAGAACAGGCAGAAGGACAAAGCCGGCCCAUUCGGCUUCUGCAACCCGAACUACAUGGGCCCAGAUAUAAAAUCGAUUCUCUCGAACGAUACCAAAGAGAAGAAGAUGGUGAAAAAAUUGCUCACGACGAAAUCCUUGGACUGCAACGAACGUACUGUAGAAGAUGACGUUUUAGAACUGCAAAAUGUUAACGGAGUCAUAGACAAGAACACGAAGGUGUUCUUCAGGCACUCCUGUAGAGUUAACAGACCUCCAAAAACCUUGGCGUUGGACUGCAAGAAUAAUAGAGCUGUUGUGGGUAAGCACAGAGCCCAAAGUGCCAGCAGGGUCGAGAAGAAGUUGGAAAGAAGUUUUACUUGCAACGUUGAGCCUUUUGUUCCGCUGUAUGUUUAUAUCAUGGGCGGGAAGGAACAAGGUCAGGUAACAGUUUUUCAAAGGCCAAUCUCCAUAUGGAAGUUAAAAUUGUUUUAG